AUGUCAGAAAACAUACCCGAGUCCAUCCCCGUCCAUCGCGACNCGCGCAGCGGCCAAGCAACAAAAAAACGCGCCCUCUCACCCCGAAGCAAACAAUCCGCACACCUAGAAGCACUCUUCGCAAACCCCGACAAACCAAUCAAUGUCCCCUCCUCCUCUACCAACAAGUCCUCAACCCUCCCUCCCGAGAUCGUAGCCAAUGUCCAAGGCUCCAGCGCCNGGAGCCGGCAGCGGAGAAUUCCACGUCUACAAAGCCAGUCGACGACGCGAGUACGAAAGACUACGAGCCAUGGACGAAGAAAAGAAACAGAAGAGAAAAAUGCAGAGUUUGCGGCUAGGAGAAAAGAACAAGAAAAGAAGGAUGCGGAGAAAACGGAGAAGAAUAGAUUGAAGAGGGAGAAAACUAGGCAGAGGAAGGAGAAGAGUAAACUUGGGCCGAAGCAGGAGGGUGAAGGUGUUGAAGAGGGAAAGAAGGAGAAGAAGUUUAAGCCUAAUGUUGCGGUUAAGAUGGAUGGGAAGGAGGACGGCGAGACGGGUCCGGUCGUUGAGGAACAGGGUAUUGUGUUCUUGGAUGAAGAUUGA